GUUGAAAACAGGUCGUGAGAACAGGCUGAACAAACACAACGAGGUGAUGAGACCGAGAGAAUAAAGUGAGAGUGAAAAUAGAGGGUGGGGUUGGUUGCACCGCACAAUAGAUUAAUCAUGCAUGCCUAGAUAUUUUGGCUACCAGCUCGUACACAGGGGGAGAGAGGACUGCCUGUCUCUGAGUUUCCUCUCAGCUAUGGGCUGUUCUGCAAGAUGGGUGCUCUGGACCCUGUGUGUGUGUUUUACCGCUCUGGAGAAUGUUGCACUCAGGGUAACCAUGAGGGAAUCCAGUCUAAAGGUGGUUCAAGGGGAUGUUGUUGUGCUGCCUUGCUCCUUCUUCACCUCCAGCCCCCUCUCCAGACUCAACGUUAUCUGGACUCUGGCACCCUUCUCCAGUCCAGAAAUCCCAAUACAGGUGAUUGUGUACGACCAUGGACAGGUGAUUGAAGACCCCUCACUCAUUGGCAGGGUGGGUUUUACAGGUAUUCCCUGGAGUGCAGAUAUUGUCCUGAAUGACACACGUGUAUCAGAUGCUGGAAUUUACCGCUGCAUGGUCAAUAAUCCACCAGAGACGGCAGAUCCCGGCAUAGGAGAGCUGGAGCUUAGUAUUCUGGCUCCACCUUCGCUGCCCGUGUGCCAGUGGGAUGGAGAUAUUGAUAUGGGAGGAAGUGUCACGCUGUCCUGUUCGGUGGCGGAAGGCGUCCCCACUCCAGAGAUCCGCUGGGAUAAACUGAAUCCAGAGGAAAUCACACUUCCCAUCAACAUGGAGGGAGAUCGCUCAGGCUCCGUCCAAAUUGUCAAUGUGUCAUCUCAGACGUCCGGCCUGUAUCGCUGCUCUGCCACUAACCUCCUGGGAACAGCAAACUGCUACGUCAACCUCUCCAUCUACACCACUCCAGACAGUUCUUCAGGCAUGCUGCAGGGUGUGCUGCUCACCUUGUCCAUGAGCUUGGUGUUACUGGCGCUGCUGGUGCUCAUGCUGUGGCUCCAUCGCACAGGACAGGACGGGGGGUGGAGGGAAGGGAAAGAAGAGGAGUGUUACAAUGAGAUACGGUAUACUCCUUCUCUGAUGAAGCGCUCGUUUGUUUGAUUUCUCAACAUCCACGGGAAUUUAAAAAAAAGAUAAAGACAUGCUCCAACCCGGGUAUCAAACAAAAGACUUCCAAGACUCUGUUUCAUAUAGAUAACAGAUUCUGGAAUGGAUUACAGCCUAGCCAGUGCUCCCUGCAUACUACUGUACAGCAUCAACUUUUGAAAUAAAUGCCCAAGUUUCCAAUAGGUGUGGUAUUUUAGUUACAAGAAUGAUCUACAGUUGUACGGCAUACUUUCAUGCUUUUCCAAAUUCCCUCAGAAUCAGGAGGCCAAUAAAGUUACAUGAUAAAACUCAAGA